GGGAAUUUAAAAUACUAGUAACAAUAUAAAAAUUUAAAAACAAGUUUGCUGCUUUUUUCGGAGUUAUAUUGCCAUAGUAUGCUAACUUUGUCCUUUAUAUAAACCUAAAAAUUUCUGCGGAAAAUUCCUGAUUUGUUGUUUUUACCAGAUUUUUAUGAAAUUCGCAUUUUUUGGGGGGAAUGUAGAUUAUCGUGGUUUGUCAUACAUUCCACUCAAAAAUAUAUUAAAAGGGAUGUCUAACUCAUUUUCCCAACUCAUUGGAAAUUAACAUAGCAUUCCAAUAUUGAUAAGUAGUAACAAAAUUUUAGUCUUUAAUAAAUUCUUUUCAGUUUGACACAUCUUUGUAAGUUGCUGAACAGAGCAGCUCAAGAUAUGCAAAUGGAUAGCAAAAUCCCUGAUGUGAUACCAGAAACUACAACUGAGUACGACAAUAGUAAUGAUUUGUGCAAAUUUAUUCCUGGACUUUAUCGAUUGCUGGAUUUGUGCAAAGAUGAAGGUUCUAAUGGACUCGUUGAUAAGAUAAUUAUAUCUCAACAAGAUGUUAAACGUCUUUGCAAUAAGAUCAUGCCAAAUAGUUUCAAGUCCAUCUCGAAGAUAAAUUACGAAAAAUUGAACUCACGAUCAAUCCGACUUGUUGGAUGCUACGGCCGCAACGAACUAAUUGCAAAGUUUUUGUUCAUUAAGAAUAUUAUUAAUCAGAAAAAUUAUAAAUCAAUGAUUUCAUGUUCAUCAUCUGCUGACACUUCCUCACGUGACUAUACACCAUCACUCCGACCAGGAAUUUAUCUUCAACAAGUUGAUAAGACAAAAAAUGUGAACCCUCUUUUUUUAGUUAUACAUUGGAGCGAAGAUGGUUGUUAUGAUGAUUCUGUAUCUUCAUAUAGAAAGAAGAAUAUGACAAAUCUACAUCGAUAUCUUACAAAAUUGACUGAUCAUCAAAUAUGUUUAAUGAGUGAACGUGAUCUUGAAAGCAUAGAUUGGCAAAUAGCCCCAAAUGAAGUCAGCGAUGAUGAAAGUGAUGAUGAUGAUGGUGAAGGUGGUGUAUGUUACGAUUUUGAAGUAAAAAAAAGUCAAGAGCAAAAGGAGGAUUUCGAAAUCUCCCCCGGAUUCAGAAUUAAUAUUUCAGGAUUGGUAUCAUGUCAAGCUCAAAAUAGUUAUAACUGCUUCACUAAUAUUCCAUUGGAUUCAUCGGUUGUCGAAUCCGUAUCGAACCAAACCUUCUUUACACGUGAAAUACUUCCUGAAACAAAGAUUACUGACAGCAGCACAAUACCAUUUAAAUCAACCUCAGAAUUUCGCGAAUAUUUCAGGAGCAAGCUGGAAACUCAAAAAUGUGCUCUAAUAUUAGACACCGAUUUAACAAUGUCGAAACUUGAAGCAAUUGUUAAAGAUGGAUUAGACUUGAAAGAGAUUCUUCAACCGUAUUAUGACGCUUUGAUUAAACUUGAACAGGAGAAGGCUAUAUCUAAAGAGCAAAUAAUUAAGCAAGAUGCCUUACUUAUAGAGAAACUUGCAUGGCAAUGUCUUAGAUUCAAUUAUGGUGAAUUUGAGGACUCCCUGUGUGAUAAUAAAGAUGUCAUAGAAGAUGAUGAAAUUCAAUAUAUUCGGGAUAAAUAUCCUAAAAUUACAUCAAAAUUGGAAGAUAUUGUCAAUUAUAUUGAAUAUUUGCCAUGGGUAAACCUUAAGAGGCGGUUUAUUUUUGCGAGAAAUUUCUGUGAAAAAAAUGCUGAAAAUAAUACUCAUGAAGCUUUGCUGGAUCCAAAAAAACUUUUUUUAGAAAUCUUUUUUGAUAAAGAAGUAGAUCUUCGUAAUCUUGUCGAUAAGUAUAAUAGCUCAAAUUGGUGGAUGUCAUCUAUUGUUCAAAAGAUUAGGGAUGAGGCCUCUAAUAUUCCUGACUGUCAAUUUGUUAAAUAUACUUUUCAAGAAGUUAAAAUUGCUAAUGCAUUUUAUGAUGAAUAUGUUAAUUGGCGAAAAGAGUGUUUUCCAAACAAAGUCAAGGGAGUUUUAUCAAAAUUUUCAAUGUUUAAUAUAAAACCUUCACGGAAGUUAGAUCUUGAGUUUGACCAUAAGAAGCGUGAACUUGAAAUUUGCGAAAUAACUCGUAUUUGUUCUGAAAUUAAAGAUAGGUAUCCUGAAGGAGAACUUUUAAUAGUAAAAGACAUUGAAAUAAAAGUUCCUUAUAGUACGUAUUUUGGCAAAACGUCAUAUCGACUUUAUAGAGAAACUGAGGCCAUACGUUCAGCCCAGUUAAAAAUUACCAUAUAUGAAACAAAAAUUAGCCAAGAAGAUUCUUUGGAAUUAGAAAAAGAUGAAUCCUUUGUACCUACACCUUUAUUACCCGGGUUUGGUCGAAAUCCGGGUGUUUCUUUCGAAAUUGAUCCUGAAAAAUAUGAUUUUAUCAAUAUAUCACAAUUUGACAAAAAAUUUCUUGUAAUCUUAUGGAACAAAGAGAGCAAUAGAAUGGAAUUUUAUUUUGAUACGUUGAGACGUUUGCCUAAGAUGAUUGAGCAACAAAUUGCAAUCAAGAAAUUAAAUCCUGGACUUGGUUCGAAAAUUGCUAUUAAUGAUUCGAAGGGUUUAAUUGCAAUUUAUAGUCCUGAAAAAGCUAUGCUUAAUGUUUUAGGUUUUGAUGAUGAACAAACAAAUCUUAAUUUGCGAUAUAGGAAUAUUCAACUUUUGCAAUAUUAUAAUGACACUGCUCCUGAAAUAGCUCAUUUUCUUUUCAUAAAAAAUACAGAAGAUAUUUGUUUUGUUGAAUAUACUGGCAGAGCAAAGAUAUACAGUUUAAUUAAUGAUAGCUUCCGUCCUGGGAUUGCAGAUUUCCCAUCUUCAGCUACUAAGAUCUUGAGCACCCCAGAUGGUGCCUGCAUUGUGGCUUUUACCGCAGAACAACAAGAAGAAACCGAGGAUAUUCAAAUGCCAGACGUAUCUAUCUCAGACAGCGAGAAUGAGGGUAUAAGCAAUGAAGAGCCUUGUGACAAUACUGAAGAGAAUAAUGAAACCGCUUCAGAAAAAAUAGACAAUCCGAAUUCUGACACCAAGAAUUUUAAUAAAGAAGAGCCAAAAAAAUCCGGAUCUGAUUUUGUUAAUGCACAUAUUUAUUUCGUCGAAGGCUUCAGCCAGAAUGCUAAAAAAGUUAUUGUAUUACCUUUUACAAAAUCAUCAAUAGAGAACAUUCAAUUUUCAGUCAUUGAUAAACGUCAAAUUCAUUUGAUCACUCUAAACAAACAAGAAUUAUUUCAAUCAGUAAUGGUAAAAAUAACUCAUGCCAAAACUCAAUACCGUUUCGAGCGACAGUCACAACAUAUAUCUUUAGGUCAAGUUAAAAUCGAAAAUAAUAGAUCAUUAACAAUUUUGGGAAAGGAUACUAUGUUCAAUCGUGAUUUACGUGUUGGUGAUUAUUUAAUUAUUGGAGAUGAGAAACGACAAGUAUCCGAAAUUAUUUAUGAUAAUGUAUUGAAGAUUGUUAAGCCAAGCUUUGAUCACUUUAAUGUUGGACAGUGGUCAAGUUUUGAGAUUGAGCAAAGGAAUACCAAUAAUGGUCUUAUUGAUGCUUACGCCAUGGUCUUUACAAAGUAUGCAACAACAACUCCUAUCGGCCGAAUUGAUAACCCUUUAAAAGCAACUUUUGCGGCUGAUGUAUCUGAGAACUCUGAAGUUGCAAGUUAUGAAACAAAAAUUCAAAAGUAUGUUGCCAAAAUGUUUGAAAAAGUUAAAAAAGAAACCAAAAAACCUUCUGGUCAUUUAAAGCAUUUCAAAGCUGGAUAUACAAUUUUUGAGAAUCUUAUCUUAAAUGAAGAAAGCACCGAAUAUCAAUUUGGAGAGUGGAUUAUCCAGCUUUUCUGUUUAAUUCCAAUUCAAAUUGCUAUUGCCCGUGAUAAUGAAUUUGUGCCUUUACAAGAUGGAGUGUUCUCACCUGAAAUCGAUCAACCUACCUUUGAUGAAGGAUAUGGGUUAAUUGGGAGUGUAAGCAAAGCCAUAUCUUUUGGGUGGUAUGAAGCUAUUUUCGAACAUUAUGCAGACCUAGAAGUUAAAGUGAUAUCUUCAAUGGGUGAACAAUCAUGCGGCAAGAGUUAUUUGCUUAACCAUUGUGUUGGAUCUACCUUUGAUGGAUCUGCUAUGCGAUGCACAGAAGGAGUAUGGAUGUCAGUAGUGAAAACAAACGAUAUUCUUUAUGUUGCCUUGGAUUUUGAAGGCUUAGCAAGUAUUGAGAGAACUCCGCAAGAAGAGACUUUCAUGCAGCUUCUCAACGCUGCCUUAUCAAAUCUAGUACUAUUUAAAAGUCAAUUCGCUGUUAGCCGGGACAUUUCUUCAAUGUUUCAACGUUUUCAAGAUGGCACAAAUUACUUUGGUGAUGAUCCGGAUAUAUUUCAAGCUCGAUUUUGUAUCAUUAUUAAAGAUGUGGCUAAAACUGAUCGAGAAGAUAUCGUCGCUGAAUUUCAAUCUAAAUUCUCUAAAAUUGUGGAUCGGGAAGAGGAGGAUAACUUUAUUACCAAAUUGUACCGUAAUAAAAUGAGCAUUGUUCCUUGGCCAGUGUUUAAUGAAGCCGCAUUUUAUACGACCUUCAAGCAAUUGAAAGUUAAAUUGGAUGCCCAAGAUUCUAAGUAUAAGAAUGCCAGAGCUUUUAUUGAAAAAAUUAAGGUCUUGAUGACUAAGUUAAAAGUGUGUGAUUGGGGUAGUAUCCAAGCAACUUUGGUCACAAUGCGUGCAUUGGAAAUCAAGAAAUUCCUCAAUAACGUCAUUUCUUAUGGUUACGAGCAAAAAGAGGAUGAUCCUUUUUCUGAAUAUGAAGCUUCAUCGGAAAAUGCGAGUACUAAUAUUGAUGGAAUUAAGCAUCUUCGGGGGCGUGAUGAUGGAACUUUAAUACCUGAUGAUGUAAUAUCUCUCUCGGAGAUCUUUGAUGAUAUCAAUGAAUCAGUUAAAUUGAUGCCUGAUACUGGACUUGUAUUACUAAAGAAUGGAGAUGAUUUUGUCAAACUUUCAAGUGAUUUGAAGAAUUAUUUUGAGGAAAAUGUCCAUACUCGAGGAGAAAUACCAGAUAGCCAAUGGAUUGAAAAAUAUGAUAAGUUUUUAAAGUUCAUUAUAAAGAGACGCAUCGAUCGUGCCCAACAAUGGUUCAACAAAAACAUCUCGAGAUUUCCUAACGAUCAUAACGAGAUCAAGAUUACUAGUUAUGCACUUGAGCAAGAAAUAACCAAGCUAAACUUAUUCUGGAACAUUUGUCGGCUCCAAUGUAACAGCUGUGGCAUGGCAUGUCUCAAGACAAGUCGUCAUGAUGAUAACGAAAAAGAUACGGGACAUGAUUGUCUAACAGAUCAUUUAUGUCAUUUCCGUUGCUGCUUUGAAGAAGCUCAUACCACUGGCACUUUACCGGAAUGCACACAAUUCGCUGGUCAUGAAGGAAGGCAUGCUUGUGCUCAAAACCACGCUUGUGGAGAGCCUUGUAUUUAUUCGGGAAAACGAAAUUGUCAAACCCGUUGUGCCAAAGAGGUGGGACAUGAAAAAACUCUUGGGAGCGAAACUCAUUUAUGUGAAGCCAGCCGUCAUUAUUGUGGCGCAUCAUGUUCGUUAAAAGUAAACUUGCCGGGUGGUUCCUAUGAAUGCCGAAAUAAGUGUAUAAUUCCUUGUGAAGAUGAUCAUACUGUUCAUAAGUGUCAAAACGAGGUAUGUCCGAUUGAAUGCCCACUCGAAGGGUGUCAACGAAGAUGCGAAAGCAAAGAGCAUUUUCAUGCUUUUGAGAAAGAUGUGCAACAUUUUUGCGGAAACGAACAUCAAUGCCCAAAAGAAUGUGAAGAAAGUGGGAUCUGCAAAAUAGUAACUGAACCUACUGCGAUAGUUAAAGAACAAGCUGAAUAUGUUAACAAAUUCGGCAGCUUUAUGUUUACAAAGUAUUCUCAAACAUUUCAAAGACUUCAAUGCUGUAAAAAAAUACCUCCUUAUAAAUUUGAUCACGAAGGCAAGCAUGUUCACGAAGAAAAGAAAGCUCAUGAAUGUAAUGCAUCAUGUCCUGAUGAUGAGGGUGAACAUAUUAAAGAAGAAAAUGACAAACAAAAUUUUCAUUAUUGUGAUGUCAAGUGUCCGAAUUGUGCUUACUAUUGCACACUACCUUAUGAUCACGGUAAAAUGCAUAAUACUGAGCAUUCCACUGUCCAUGGAAAUAUGCUUUUGACUACCUUUACAUGUGAAGAGGAGGAGUUCGAAUUUGAAGGACAUCGUUUGAAUGUUGGAGAUCGUGGUGAUUUUGUUCUUUGUCACAAACUAUGUGAAAAUAUGGGUCGUCAUCGUCAUAUUGACUUUUGUAAAGAUCCUGGUGUGUGUGAGAGUGAGGGAGGAUCUCGAAAGGAAGGAAUAUUAGAGCAUAUAAAAGCACAUAUUAGUCCUCAGCCAAACCGAAAAAAAGAUUAUAUAUCUCAUCGUGUCUUUUGGGAGCGAACAAUGUUUCAAGAUCCUUAUUCGAAAGAGGACCGUGAAAAUUUCAAGAAGUGUGAUCAUGAAUGCGCGGAUGAGAAACAUCACAGUGUGAAUGAAAUAACUGGCAAAGAACCUACCAAAUCCUAUUGUACUCAAGAAAUUUUUCAUGCUCCAGUUGAUUUAAAAACAUUUUCACUUGGGAAGACCGGUUACAUAUCAACUGAUGGCCAUCAUUUUACUUGUGAAAAUCCAACAACAAAUGUUGGUAAUUUCCAUAUUGUUUUUGUAGUUGAUAGAAGUGGUUCUAUGUGGAAUAGUGAUUGUAUGCCAAUUUGUUCAAGUACAGCUACUUCGAGAUUAAAGUUGACACAUAAUAAUCGACUUGGAGCUGUAUAUGAUGCAGCUUACACCUUUAUUGAAACCCGUCGUUCUUCACGAAAGGUAACGCCAUCUGGGCAGAUGUCUGUAGAUCGAGAUACUGUAUCUAUGGUUCUUUUUGAUUAUAAUGCUUUGGUUGCUUUUGAGAAUGAAAGUUUAUCAAACCCCGAACAAUUACUAACGAAGAUGAUGGCAUAUACUCCUAUUGGCGAUAAUUAUUAUCACGAGGGUAUUAAAAAAGCUUCAGAAAUUAUUGACAAAUAUUAUGAUGCUUCAAAGACAAACGUAAUCAUAUUUUUAUCGGAUGGUGAAUAUCAUGCUCCGGAACCUGAAUUACGUAGUCUUUGUCAAAGAGAAGCAAAUAGAGGAUCGCCAAUCUACCUGUAUACUAUAAUGUUUACUGGGAGUACUACAUAUUCAUAUUAUGGUCAAUCACUUCAAAAGAUGGUUGAUAUUGUUAGUGAAUACCUUCCCAAGACGAAUGAUAAAGACUCACUAAAAUGUCAGUAUGUUCUUGCAAUUGAUCAGAUAAAGUUGACUGAGCAUUUUACCAAAGUGGCUGAAAGUUUACGAAAACAUCGUCCAAUGUUGAUGCGUAAAUAGAAAUAGUAACAUACUACUUGUAGUUUAGUUUAAAUUGAUAGUUUUUGUAAUUUCUUGGUAUUAUUUAAGAGAUCCAAUUCAGAUCUUUUACCCAACUGACCCUUGUUUUCUUCUAACUUUAGCCAUUAAAACUAAAUGCAAAUAAAGUUAACAACUUACAUUGUUGUUCUUGUGCUAAUUUGUUAUUUAAAAGCUAUAUAAUAAAUAUUGAUAUAUGAUAAUUACAU